ACAAGUGGAAUCCAACGUGUAAUGGUUUAGAAGCCUAUUAUGAUCUUCAUUUUGAUAUUAUAUAAUAUGUUUUGUUUUUGAAAUGAUUUAAAACUUGUGGAAGAAAUCAGAGAGAAAGAGGGAUAAUUAUGCAGUCUGCCAUGGAGAAGCUGAGUAACAUGGGAAGUGUUGCUAAAGAAAAGCUCAAAAUUUGUAGAGCCAAACUCGACGAGAAGGUGGAGAAAGCUUCGGUGAAGACAGCAGAGGAGAGGAAGAUCAUUGAGGAGAGAAGAAAGGCAGCAACGGCGGAGGCAAAGCGUGAGCUACACGAGGCGAAAGCCAGACAUGCUGCUCAAAAGCUAAGGAAUAGGAAAUCACAUGUACUUGGUGGCCAUCGACACCAUCAAUCACCUAUGGAGGGCGGUGCCGCUACACAUCUUGGCGGAGCAACAAAUGUUCCGGCUUAUCCUAUAACCAGCCCGGAGGGGUACCAUCCCGGACAUAAAAUUUAACCAUUUUUAUAAGCUCUGUUUUUCUAAUUUUUAGAACUUGUAGAUGUAAUUUUUGCAUUAUUGUUAUUGGGUCGUUCUGUCAUCUAUGUGUUGUAAAAUCCUUAACUUGGGAAGUUGUAAAA